AUGUUUAAAGAAGAUUCAAGCAAAUUUGCACAGCCAGAUGUCAAUCUAUUCUUAAAAAUAUGCAAACUUGUUCCAAUGUUCCAAGAUAUGUGCCAUCUUAUCACAGAAGAAAAAGUAGCCAGAGUAUAUGAUUACAUUGCUUCAAACGAAGAUCCUCGUGAGGUUUGCAUCACGUAUGGCGUUUGUUAA